AUGGGUCCAGCUGCAUCUGCUGCAGAGGCGGCUACGUUUGCUGUAGUCACUGGUACGGGCGCCCCGUUUGUCACGGUCACUUCGAAGCCACAUGUGACAUCGGCAGCAGGGCCGGACAAACCAAGAGCUACACUUCUCAGCACACCUCAAGAUGGACAUCCGGAGGGCGACUUCGCUAUUUACCUUUCUGAUGACCUCGCUAAGCGUCUUACUGAGAUGAUCGACCGAAGUCAGCAAUGCCCAGCUGCGGUUGGCAAACCUGGUGCAAAGGAAGCUCCAGUCAAAGGCCAGGCGGGACAAGAUGUGAUUGAAAAUAUCGGUGCCAUCAUAUGUGCAGCGCAGUCACUGGUCCUCAAUGCGCUUUCUGGUGGUCCAUUCAGCGAUCUGACUUCACUUACGGGCAAACAACCAGCCUGGGCGUCCUCGGGCCUGGUGGAUGCAGUUUCAGCCGUUACGUCAUUCGCAAUAACGCAAACCAAAGCCUUCGGUGUAGGGGAGACAGGCGCGACCACCCUAGCGAUUUAUUCGGUAUACCUCGCCUACCUCAAGAUCCACGAGGCUUAUGCAAUCAAGACCAUCGCCCUGGAGCCCUGGCAUGUGCCUCCGCAGAUCCCGAUCCAAAUACCCAUCGGCAUAUGCCCACCACCACCGAACAAUGCAACCGACUUUCCGGUUGAGCUGUUCAGCAACGUCUACUCCAAGUUCUGCGCCGAGGUCGGGGAUGCGAAGGAAAGUGUAGUCCGAGCUGUAGACGCGAAGGGGAAUUCUCCUGCGCUCACAUCGAGACUACGCCGGUGGCUCAGGAGAGCUAGUCCUAACGAUAACGACAAGUAUAAGGGUUAUGUGUUCACACUGUCGCGUAUCCUUCGCGCAGGAAGUUCAGCAACGUGCUCAACGACGUGCGCCCAAGCCUUCGAUCAGCUCAGCCACCAGGAUAGCUGCAAGAGAGGGGAUGACAAGAAUUCAAUUGCACAGACGGGUUUUCUGGAUGCUAGGUGCGCUUCGUACGCGUUUAGCAUCGAGGUUCCAAAGCCGCCAGAAGUAAAGGCGAAAAUUGAGUGCAGGAGUUCAAAAGGUCACUUCGCGGCGCCAAAGUACGACGGCGCUGGAAAGCCUAGCGUCGAGACUGCGAUUAAAGAGUGGUGCACCAGCAACGAUCAGACGUACCUCAAUUCAGACAGGGACGAACGGUAUGGAAGAUUUGACAUAGCGCAGCUAGGCGUGCCAAAACGCAGCUCAUUCUGGCCUCACGUCAAUCUGGCCUCGUCCGACAAGAAAGCUGUCGUUGUCAAGGGACAGUGCAUUUCAGCGUUCACAGACGGCUUGAAAGAAUGCGAUUCUGAAUCGGACAAGACACACGGUUUCACUGCUGUGGUCGGCACUGCUAAAUACUCCCUCGAGCUCAGCGGUCUCGUUGCAGAAGGUAAUCCACCGUGGCAAGGAAGUGAUAAGUUAUCCUUUCCGCCCUCCGAAUACCAAAGCCGAUACAACGGUGCAAUCGACAACGGCGAUCCAUGGGGCGUAGGAUGCGACCCCCCGAACAGAGAUCCCGGGCAUAAACUCUAUCCAGAUGAUAUAGACAAGGCGAUAAAUUACUUCUGCGUCGAUGGCGGCGCGUUGAAGAAUUUCCAAAACGGUCUCGCUUGGACUGGCAUGAUUGAUUACCCACCCAAAGGACAAACACAGUUCUACGAUAACGGCAAGGGCAAGUCGUCGCACUUGGCGAUAGGUGCUGAGCCGCUGAAUUUGAAGGAUGGGAAGCGGCCGUAUUUUGAUAAGAGAGCUUGCGAGUAA